AUGGACGACAAUCAUGAACUGGCUGCACUACGCAGUAAUGCAGACAAUCUUGGCAAAUGCCUACAUGCACUUCUGGAGCGAAUUGAACAUCUAGAGGGGAAAUCAUCCCGCCCAAAUGUAGCCAUUUCCGACGCGACCUCGAAUGCGUGCGAUGACGAUACGACGAAGGAUGAGCAGGUGGAGAUCCAGGAUUCGGUAACUACGGAUCCGAAGACCGGACUGAAGAAGCGAACCAUUGUUACGGAGAGGGUGCUAACCACAAAGACAUUUCAUGCUCUAUCGUUGGAUCCCACCCCAUCUAUGGCUCCUGUAAGUAACGGAAGGAUACUUAGCCCUGGUUAUCAGGCACGUGUUGUGCACAUCGACGCGAAGCAACUGAACCAGAUAAGUCCUCUUGACAAAAUCGAAGUCGAGCUGAUCUCUGGGCAACUUGUUGUGACGCGAGUAAAUGCUUCUGCAAAUCAUGACAUCCAUCCAGGUGACACUAUAACUCAUGUAAAUGGUAAAACCGCGUUACACCAUUCGGCGAUUUCCGGCCUGACAGGGCGCAUAACUCUAACGCUCGUCCCUGCCGCCAUUCACGGAGCUCCAUCUGUGUUCUACCGGGUGAAUGCCGACUAUAAUUCGGAUUCGGAUGACUCUCGGAUUUGUCGAUGGCUGUCUAUAGACGUUAAAAAAGGAGAUGUUGUGCAAAUUAUGAGCCAGGAUGACAAUUGGCUACAGGCACGAAAAGUGAAUGAUUUGUCAAGAGUUGGCUACCUUCCAGCGUCGUUGUCGAAGGAGAAGGUCGCAAUGUUGUGCCCUUUUGGAAGGAGAGUGCUCGUACUACUAGGCGCUGUUGGUGUGGGACGAAGGACUUUGAAAUCUAUGUUGCUGAGAGCUGCACCACAGUAUUUUGCUACUGUUGUUCCAUUGACCUCCCGACAAUCUCGUCCCGGUGAACAGGAAGGUCGUGAGUACCAUUUCGUGACCAAGGAGGAGAUGUUACGAAAGAUACGCAAUGGAGGGAUGAUAGAAUGGGGAGAACUUGACGAUCAGCUGUAUGGGACAUGCGCUGACGCAGUGCGGACAGUGGUACGAAGUGGGCGAAUGUGCGUGUUGGAUUGUGCGCCUCAAGCACUUUCACAUCUCUAUAACUCUGAGUUUAUGCCUUUUGUGGUGCACAUUGUCCCUCCUCAGCUCGAAGAGUUUUUGCAACUGGAGAAUCUUCGGCAAAACAAGCGACCGGUGGAUCAGCUGAGCAAGGUUUGUGCUGAAAGUGAUCAAAUUGCCAAUGGACCUCAUGCAGAUCAAAUCCACCUCACUUUAAUGAAUCGUAAUAUGGACGUGACAUUCAAGAGAUUGACAGACGCCCUGGAAUUACUGAGGAACGAUACCCAAUGGGUGCCAGAAAACUGGAUGUCAUGA